AGGCGCACUGAGCGCUCAACUGCCAUUUUGUGGCAGAAGCUACUCUGCUAAAGCGGGAGAGGGAUUAAAACAAACUGCGAAGAAGCCUGCUUUUUUUGCCAGCCAGUUUAACUUUGUAGCACAGACUCUCUGCUCUCGGCCAAGUUAAACGAGAGGAGAAACACCUAAACAGAGGUAAAGUAUCACUACUUUUCUGACAAGGGGGAGUUUGCAGGAUCUUUAAUCGGCCUCUAGGUGUCACGAUGGGGCUCUGGGUUCGGGCAGUUCGUCGGAGAGUGUUUGUCUCCCUCUAUCGUUAUUGAAAACCCCGUCAAAAUAUGUUUAAAAACCUAAGUUUUAAGAAAUGUACACACGACGCGCUCUAUUUUACGCGAAUCCACAAAAAUAUCGUUGAGAUUAAGUUAAUAACACUUGGAUGAUUUGGUUGGAGAGUUUAGGCCGAGGCGUCCAUUUUCUCGGUUCUUUGUUUCCCGUCUUUACAGCCUCGACGACAUGGAAACUGGCGGGUUUAACUUCAUGCUAACGUUAGCUUCGUUCACAUUCAGGCGAGACCAACGUCACGGCAGAAAUACCCCAUCCACGCAGUAAAAUAAAAGCAUCAAACGACCGAUAGAGAAAAUACUUUCAUUUAUAUAAUCCGAUGUUGAAGUCCAGUCACAUUAAACGUGUUACAUGCAUUAAAGUGAGCCAUCUGUAACGUUAGCAUGCAUCCACAGCUAGGCCUUUCCCCACCCAACGCUCUCUGUCACGUUCCUCCUGUAAGCAUGAAUCGCAAAUAUAACCCGACUACUCGAUCGUAUUAGAGUUGAAUUCUGCCGCAUACAGACGAAUGACUUUUCUCGAGGGUAAUGUCAGCUCGGGUAGCGACGCUCACACCGAAUCUAUCGUGAAGGCCAACACUAGAGGAGAAUGACGAGGCAUUCAUAGUAAAACCAUUCCCGGUGAUCACACUGUCCACCGAUUCACUAACACCAAAUACACGCUUUGGAGUAUCCAAAAUCAGCCAUCUUCCAUCGAGGAGUAUCGCAAUUGUCCUCUCUUUUUUUUAUCUGUCACCGGCGUGGUCGGUAUAAGCAGUUGUUGUUACUCCCUUCGCCCGCUUGUCUCUUAUUCUAAGCCCACCUAGAGCAUCAUAGCCACAGAUAUAUAUUAUAGCAGAGAGCUCCCUCUACGAUUCGGCUUGGAGAGCUACAAAAAUACCGCUGUAUAACUGCUGUGCAAGGAGGCAACAGCUGCCCGUCAGGUUGUUGAGUAUCAUUACCACGUAGAGGUAAUAUUAAUGUAAGUCAUUUAUAUGGAGGCCUUAUUUACAGCCUAACUCUCUUCACUUCGAUUUGUAACAUAAACACGAGUAAACAUUGAUAGAUGUGACGUGCUUCCACGGGAGUAAUCACACAGCUGGUACACGUAUGGACAGUGAGCAAAUGCACUGUUUAAAUUGAUCAUAUUAUCGGUAUGAAGAUCGAUAAGACCGGAGUCCAAAUCUUGAGUGUAUAGAAAGAAUUUAUAGAUGUUUAGAGACUACAUGACCAUGUGGGGCACAAAGUCCAUCUCCCUUGUUGCUUUGGUUCCAAAUGUGUAAAACCCAUUAUUCAAGAUCACAUUAAAACCUGUUAAAAAGACAAGUAUAUAUUCUCAGUUAGAGGAUUUUUUAAACUGUAUUAAUUUCCAACAUUUUGGAAAAAAAUGCGUAGUUAAACAUAAAAAGAAUGAAAGCACCAAACUUCUGAUAAAGACUUUAAUCAACAUUUAAAAGACUCAUUUAUCCCAGCACUGUUAUAGAAAAAUCAAAUCAUUUAGUCAAUCAAAUUUUAUCUAUAUAGCGCCAAUUCACAACAGUCGUCGUCCCACAACACUUUUCAAAGAACAAGAGCAGGUCUAGACCACGCUCAUUGUCUGAUGAAUUAUCAAGACCCAACCUAAGAUAGGAUUUGGCCCAUCUCAUCGAACAUUAGUGGCAGUGGCAAGAAAAAACUUCCUUUUAACAGGCAGAAACCUUGAGCAGGACCAGACUCUUGCCACCAAGCCGCUGCUGGUUUGGGGAAUAAUACAGAGAGAGGGAAGGAGAGAGAGAAUGAGGGAGGGAGAGAGAGCAGAGAACAAGGGUGAGUGUGAGAGAGAGAGACAGGGGACAAAAAAUGAAAAGUUAAAAGACAAACAGUGACACCACACCAUCAUAUUUACAAAAAAAAAUCCAACAUCACACCCCACAGGUGGAUUUUAUGCAUUUUAGCAAACAAAUAAAUGCAGUUAACUGUGUCUGGUGGUCAUCUGGCCAAGUGAGGUAGCAAAACAGGGGAGGCUAAAACUAUAACAAUAACGAGGACAUUUUGUUAUGGGUGUACUUGUCUGCCAUAAAAAAUGGAAUCAGUCCCGUCACCCUCAUGUGUCCCCUUGCUUCCCUCUUCCAGGUUGACUGUCAGGUACAGCCUGAAUCCUCAGGUGAGCAGACAAGACUCAAACAGAACAGUUAAGAUAAUGAGAGGGUUGUGCAGGUCAGUCCCAGUCCUGCAAGCAGAUGUGUGUAACCUUUCUGUCUUCCCUCUUCAGCUUUGCCAGGGACAGUGAGGUAGCAGACAUCAGAAUCAGCAAAACUCAGGGCUUUCAGCAGCAGCAGUCACAACCCUGCAGACUGCAGCCCAGUCUACAGAAAUCAUGAUACAAGUCAGUUAUUCAUCAGUACUGUUUUAGGUAAUGCCUGUAGUGUUAAAGGGAAACUGUUGUUAGGUGACACAGAUGUAGUCCACAGACACGUCUUUGUGACCCACCCACACUUGGUUAAACCAGUGCUCUGUUGAGCACAGUACCGUACAGCUAAAUGUGUUUGAUGGUUCAUUAGGGUUUUAAUGUGAUAGUUUCCAAUGCUGUUAGGAAGUGCCUUUCAGUCUCUACCAGCAAGUGUGCUGUUCUGAAUGACGUUCUCCCAUAUCCAAAGGAUUGAAUUAUAAAGAAGCCCACAUUCUGUUAUGUUUAUUCGUUUCACACAAGUAAGAGCUGGUUGUAGCCUGCAGAUGUUGUUGGAGUGGUUGGUGACAGCGUAAUGGUAAAGGAGUCUGGUUGGUUCAUGCGUCAUGUAUAUGAUGAAAACUCAGUAUUUCACUUCAAGCUGCAGUGUGCUCGCGGAGGCUGCAAGGUGUGGAAGGUGAAUGUGUGCAGACUCCAAUGACAGCUAGCUCAGAUUUUAGACUUUCAUUCAGUCUGACUUUUCAAUUUCCAAUGUAAGAGUAGUCUGGAGCUUCACAGUGUUGUCUGUAAUAUUUGUAUGGCAAGCUCAUACAGGUAAUAUCAUCACCAAGCUUAGUUUGUGAUAGUGGGGCUACCGCAAAUCACCAUACUGCUUCAAGUAACUGUCGCUGCCUGACAGGUGAGAGAUGUGUCCUGUUUUUAGGUGUCAGUGUUGCACUUCAUCCCCUGAUUGAGUUGAAUGUCAGUCAGCUGGAGCUCUGUUUCAUUGGAGCAAGAAACUCCACGCCACGUUGUUUGGUGAUAAGCGGUUCUGAGUCGUAGCGAAUCUGUUCUGUUGUUUCAAAGAAAGCUGGACCUCUGAAAAACCUGGAACUGGCGGCAAAUACUGUGAGACAAAUAAUUUUCCGUACUACAUUUCAGCUCCUACCCAGAAUGGACGAAGGGCCAACCGAGGGUGUAGGGGUGGUGGAGGUCCCCACCAAAGACUUCCCCGCCAUCCAGACUGUUCACAGUCAGGAUGCCAUGGUGGCUGACCUCCUCCAGCAGGCUGCAGAGGCUGGGGGCGUGGUGGAGGGACAAGCCGGAGUAGUCCUAGAACAAGGUGAUUUCUAAACACUUGAAAUUUAACACAAACGUCUUUAUUUUUAUUUUUGGUUCUGUGUUUGUGACGAGUGUGGGGAGAAAAAAAAAAAGUUCCUCAGCAUGUUUGUGUUCCAGGUCAUGGAGAGGGUAUGGUCGUGACCACUCAGGCCCAACAACAGCUAAUGGAAGCAGGGGUGGGGGCUGGUGUUGAAGGCGGUGCCGGGGUGGAAAUGAUGGUUAUGGAUUCCCUGGAUCCCACCCUCUUACAGAUGAAGACAGAGGUAAGCUCGCCCAGAUAAUCUGUCUGAUCCGGUUGACAUGAUGUUUAGGCUUUACAGCUGGGGCAGGAUGUAGGUCUGGUUGUAGACACAUAAAAAUACACUUCAAUGAGGUGUGGGAUGAUCAGUCCAUUCAAACUCUGUUCAUGUUUAGGUGAUCGAUGGUACCGUUGGGGGAUCAACAGCAACAGUGGGUGUUGUUGGAGGGGUAGCAGGUGCUGCUCAUCAAGCAACCGUGACGACGGUGGACCAGACUCAGAUCAUCACAUUACAGGUGUGUACUUCAUUACAGCCUUUUCACAUCAUGGUCUGAAGUUUGUACGAUGCUGUGUAGUUUCCCAGGAAAUAUGUGCUAAACUCAGGUCUCAAUCUGUCCUUAGGUGGUCAACAUGGAGGAACAGGCGGCUCUGGGUCUGGGGGAGCUCCAACUGGUCCAGGUGCCUGUUUCUGCCACCACUGUCGAGGCACUGCAGCAAGGCACUUAUGUAGACACAACUGCUAUGCCAAAGGAUGGAGAUCCGGUCAUCUGCCACACUUUGCCGCUGCCUGAGGGCUUUCAGGUACACGCACAGACUCAGCUUUAAGAACAAGCUCAUGCAGCAUUCACUCCUUUUUGACAAACGUCUUGGAAAGAAUCCUCCGGUGUAUUUUCAGAGUUUGGGUUAUUUUUUAAAUCAUGAAAAGAUAAGUGAUGAAAGUUUAAUAUUAAGCUGAACUUCUUUUAAGCUUCUCUAUGCACACAGGACCAAGUGAGUGAAUAAUUCUCCUGUACUGAUUUAUAAUCCUCUAAUGAUGACGUCCGUUGUUAUGUAGGUAGUUAAGGUCGGUGCGAACGGCGAGGUAGAGACCGUGGAGCAGGAAGAAGAGGGAGGAGUAGUCCACCCUGAAGAGGAAGAAGACGAGGAGGUGGGAAGCCAGCUGAUGGAAGAAGGGGAAGAUGAGCCCAUUCAGCCUCCGAAUGAUGACCCAACCUGGGCAAAGGACCCGGAUUAUCAGCCCCCAACUGGAGCUAUCAAGAAAAGCAAAAAGGUUGGAUAGUUCUGUUGUGUCAAUCUCUGUUAUUGUGGAUGGGAAACAGUUCUUGUGAUGGAACCUUAACUUGACAACAUGUGGACAGGCGUAUCUCUGUCAUCAGCUGAUGUGGUCUAAUGACUCGUGUCUCUUUAGGGUAAAAAGAGUCGUCUGCGCUAUGCUGAAGGAGAUAAGGACAUGGACGUCAGUGUGUAUGACUUUGAGGAGGAACAGCAGGAAGGUCUGCUGUCAGAGGUCAACGCUGAGAAAGUGGUGGGCAACAUGAAACCACCCAAACCCACCAAGAUCAAGAAGAAAGGUGAGACUAUUUUAUCUGCCGGGCUUUCAGCUUGAUGGAGAAAAAUCCGUCAUUGGUGUAUUUAGGUGUAUUUUGUUCCACCUCCUCAAAAGUCGACCUACAACUGGAAAUAUCCGUUAAUGCGUUUCAGGAGUGAAGAAGACGUUCCAGUGUGAGCUGUGUAGCUACACGUGUCCUCGACGCUCCAAUUUGGACAGACACAUGAAGAGCCACACAGACGAGAGACCUCACAAGUGUCACCUGUGUGGACGAGCCUUCAGGACAGUCACCCUGCUGAGGAACCAUCUCAACACACACACUGGUACAAACUAACACACAUCCUCACAACAACAUGAAGCCAGAGUAGUACUGGUUGUUAAAUUUAUUUUCUUUUUUUGUCUCUUAAGGAACUCGUCCACAUAAGUGCACAGACUGUGACAUGGCUUUUGUGACCAGUGGCGAGCUGGUUCGUCAUCGUCGUUACAAACACACACAUGAGAAACCCUUCAAAUGCUCCAUGUGUGAUUAUGCUAGUGUGGAGGUAAAGACUCUUAAAAUUCUGAGGAGUUCCACUUCGUAUGUUGUGUUUGUCAGUCUGAUCCUCAUCCAUAUCUUCUUCUCCUCAACCAGGUGAGCAAACUGAAGCGCCAUAUUCGUUCCCACACCGGCGAGCGUCCAUUCCAGUGCAGCCUUUGCAGCUACGCCAGCAGAGACACCUACAAACUCAAGAGACACAUGAGGACACACUCAGGUGAACAAGACGACUGCACUGCUCUUCUGCUUUUAGAAAGUUAGGAAGGAGCUCAGAGUACCUACUGUCAGUUUUGGAGAUGAUUCACAUUUAAUCUAUUUAUAUGAACUUAUCAAAUUAAUUCCAAAAGGAGGAGGAGACUUAGAGUACAACCUGCUGGAAAGAACUUGAGCUUCAAAUAUAUUAGAAGGAAAAUUUGAAUUAUUUUUAUGUAUUUGAGGUCCUUUUAAAGGGGGAUUUGACAAUAUUUUGUGAACGGGCAGCCAAAAAUGUAGAUGAUCUGGUGCUUGAUGAUGUCAGUUACCCUCAUAAAAAAGUGAUAGACAUGUGUACUUGCUCAUUCCUCCUCUCAGGAGAGAAACCCUACGAGUGCUACAUCUGCCACGCUCGCUUCACCCAGAGCGGAACCAUGAAGAUGCACAUCCUGCAGAAACACACAGAGAACGUGGCCAAAUUUCACUGCCCACACUGUGACACAGUCAUAGCACGCAAGAGCGACCUGGGUAAGAUAAACCGAUGAAACUCAUCACAAAGAUUGGGUGAUUGACUUUGUCGUGUUGUUUGGUCCCUCUGAUGUGUUUUUUUUUUUGUUGUUCUGCAGGCGUCCACCUCCGAAAGCAGCACUCAUUCAUCGAGACUGGAAAGAAGUGUCGUUACUGUGAUGCUGUUUUCCACGAGCGCUACGCUCUUAUCCAGCACCAGAAGUCUCAUAAAAACGAGAAGAGGUUCAAAUGUGAUAUGUGCGACUACUGCUGCCGCCAGGUGUGGAUGCACAAAUAUAUUUUGGAAUACAGUGGGGUCUCCUGUGGUUGAAAAUGAGUGAUUUCAUAUGAAUAAGUCACAGAUUCAAUACCAUGAACAUUAAAUUCUGAAAGAUUUUAAAGGAUGUAAUGAGAACGGCAUCACAGUUCUGUCUAAUCAUGGUUUUAAACCCGGUGUCACAUGCUUUUGUGUCCAGGAGCGCCACAUGGUGAUGCACCGUCGCACCCACACAGGAGAGAAACCAUACGCCUGCAGUCAGUGUGAGAAGACCUUUAGACAGAAGCAAUUGCUCGACAUGCACUUUAAGCGCUACCACGAUCCCAACUUUGUCCCCACCGCCUUCGUCUGCCCCAAGUGUAGCAAAACCUUCACCCGCAGGGUAAGGACACUUGACUUUCAAUUCCACCAUCCUUGAGUGAUCUGAAAGGCAACUUUAACCGAGUGAUGACAAGAGUAACAGUCUAACCCUGCUUUUUGCAGAACACCAUGGCGCGCCAUGCUGAGAACUGCACUGGUGAGGUAGAGGAGGCUGAGAACGGAGCAGAAACCCCAAAGAAAGGCAGAAGAGGAAGAAAGAGGAAGAUGAGGAGCAGGAGAGAUGGAGAAGACAGCGGUUAGGAUAGUUUUUCGUAUGCUAGUCUGGUCUUGAAUGACAAUAAAGAGUGUGUGGAUUGAAUUAAAUAGCCAUGUGCCCUGCAGAGGAUUCAGCAGUGCAAGUACCUGCUCCUCUAGAGGCGUAACAAUUUUCCUCUUUUCACUUACUAACAGAUAUGUUUGUGUUCAGCUGGUGCUCAAACAUUCCUCAACAAAGACAUCUUGGCUGUUUUUGUGUACUUGCUAAGCUGCAGUUUAUCAAAGGAGACUGUUGACAGUUAUGUGUCUGACAUCUCUUUGUCAUUUCUCUGUGACACUCAGAUGAGGAUCACGUUGAGCCCGAUGAGGACGAGGAAGGGGAAGGUGAGGAAGAGGCAUCGCUGCUACAGGAAGAGGAGGAUGCAGAGAGCCUGGAGUUGGACCAGGCCCCCGCUGCCAUUCCAGUUCCAGCUCCAGAUGAGCCACCGGUGAAGAGAAAACGAGGAAGGCCCCCGAAGAACGCCCCCAAACCCCCAACCCCCAGCAAGACCGUCAGAGUGGCGGCCAAGACAACUGCUGCGAGUGAGAACAUGUUUCUUAUUUUUCAGACAAGAUUCCAAUGUCAGGCUCAUGUUCAAAGCAGCGGUUGAAGCUGCUGCCUAUCAUUUAGUAAAUGAGUAGAAAAUUAACCAAUAUAUGCAGAGCAUUCUAGACACAUUCAUAAACAGUUUAAAGCAAAAACUGUAGAUUUCAAACCAUUUCACCUGAUCAUAACCUCGCUGUAACCAUUGAUGUUGAGUUUGAGAGGUGCUGGGAAACAACAAAGAGAGGAGACAGGGUGGUAUCUUAGUCUGUUGAAAGUCUGCAGACUUAAACAGCUGAUGGGGUGCAAUGCAGGCGAGAGAGCAUGUGUCGCCUCCAAGAAUAGUGCAAAAAUAAAUAAGCUUUCACAAUGCAAAGGUGUGAAAGUCCAUUUACUUCAGGGCAGGAAGUUUUCUAAAUGGAGUGAGCAUGUAUGCGGAGGAUAGUGCCCUAGUUAGAGUAGCAAAUUCUUUGGUGGACAUGGCCUCAUGGCACCAGCCGCUUUGUCAACAAAGAGGCUGAACUGACUGAGAUCCCCUGUGGCCGGUACAGCCACUGUUGACACGUACCUCAGACAACCCCACUCAAAACCCAAGAUCAUGAUAAGAGCUGACAGAACAGAAACAUUCCAGUGUAAAGUGUUUUUCUCAUUGUGUAUUCUCAUACAUCCACUAUCUGUAUACUCUUGAGUAUUUGUAAUUAAUUCCACACUGUCAGCGGUCUUCGUGACUCCAGAGGCAGACCAUUACUGCGUUUUUCUGUCACCCCCGAAGAAGGCGCUUAAGAAUGUCUUUCUUGUUGUUUUGUGUAGCUACUGCUAUCAUCCAGGUGGAGGACGAGAGCACUGGAGCAGUGGAGAACAUCAUAGUGAAGAAGGAGGACGGCGACGUCUCUGCAGCGACCCCCAUGGAGCAGGGCGUGGCUCUCACCGUGGAAGGAGUGGGGCUGGAUGGGGAGGGGGUGGAGACUGUGGAGCUGGCUGUCAAUGAGGAAACAGCAGCCACUGCUGCAAACGGUGACCUGACACCUGAGAUGAUCCUGAGCAUGAUGGACCGGUGAACAUGCAGCGCGCACACGCAGAGCCAGACUUUGAGUACAAUUGGUAAACACACACUAACAUUUCCACAUCUUUGGCCUUCACCUGAUGUUCCACAUGGCGGCCCUGUUGCCUCCAUGGAAGUUGCUGCAAAACUAACCGUGCACAAAGAAGGGAAGCCGCAUGUAAAUACGUUCACACAGCAACUCCACAUCCAUAUAUUUCAACAUGCAUUAAACACACUCAGAUAGACACACACAAUCCCUCUACACACACACACAGACACACACACUUGUGUAUUCUCCCUCAUCAUAUACAGAUAUUGUCCAAGCUAAUGACAGACUCCUCUCUGCUCUUUAACGCUUGUUUCCGUUUGAAUGUCUUCUAAAUGAAUCAUUGUGUUUUGCUACUUGUUUCUACCCACAUCCACUUCCUGUCAGUCCCUGCCCACAUACUCUGCAACCAAUGUUCUGCUCCUCUGCUCAGCCAAAAGGAGAUAAUAUAACAUCUACCUUCACUUUUCGUUUUGAGUUCCUGCUUGCUCUUCUUGCAACUACUUGACUUUUGCUCAUCAAGCCUUUAUAUGUGUAUAUAGAGAAGAAAAUGUAGUUUAUCCUUAUGAAGCGUAGUUUAUGACCCCUGCUCUGUCAUAUGAUCGGUUUGAUUUCCUCACCUCACCCACCUUGUUUUGUUUUCAUUGGCUUCUUUCCCAUUCAUAAGCUCACGGGCUUAAGCAGAUGUGGUUGAAGCCGUUUAAAGUCUUAUCAGUUAGACAUCCAAACUUUGAUCACCUUUGUUCUGACGGUAAGUCAGCCUGUGCUAAAUAAAUGUUUGGAGAUGUUCAUUUGAGUUUCCACCACCAGCCUGGUUAAAGAGAGGUUAUUUUUCUUCAAUGAGUCACCAUUAAGCAGAUAUUCUUUUUCUUUAUAUUGAUCUCCAUCACCUUAAAUAAUUGGUCCCUGUCAAGCUGCUCUGGUUUCUAAAACUUUGUAAUAUGGUAUUGAUUUUUGACAUUCCUUUUUAUUGUUUAACUCUAGAGUAAACAUGGUGUUUCAAAACUUUGACCCUAUUUCACUUUUGGGUCGAAACCAUUCAAAAUUUACUCCAGUAGAUUGCUUCAACUUGGAAAUGUGAAAAAAGAUUGUUCCCUACAGUUAAUGACUUUUUUUUCAGAGUAUAGUUGAUUUCUUUCCAAACAAACAAGAAACUGUUUUUACAUUGCCUCUUUUGAAGGACUAAAAAAAAAAGCUCAGGCUGUACUUUUCUCAAGAUUUCUUUACAGCCUGUUGCAUGGCUGCUGGCUGAAGAAAUCCACUGCAGUGGUUCCACAUCUUUUUGUUCCUGUAAGUACCUAAAAUUGUGUAAAUAUCAGGGUCAAGGUAAAAAAAAAAUACCAGAAUGACCCUUUAACAAAUGUGUGCAUUAAUUUAAUUUAACAACAUCAAAUACUGCUCUGUAAUAUGAAUCCAGCUGUCCUCUGUCCCCCUGUUGAAAAAGAAAAGGCAGGCAGGUGUCUGUUGCAUGUAAAUACAGGUUUUAAAAACCUCCCUUUGCUUUGGUGAACCUUUCAAUGUUUUUAACGGCUAAUUUGGAGAUGCUAGUGAAAAAAGGGAUGAUGAGGUUUUCAUGUUCUCACAGACACGCUGGUGCCAUACUGGAUGCUUGCUCUUAAACCAUCGGGCUUUGCUUUGAUACACGAGCCCCCCCCCAAUCUGAAUCCUGAACCACUGUCAUGCCCCAUUGUUACUCAUAGAGAUGUUAUGUGCCUGCUCUCAUACUGUUUUACAUUUCUUGGCCAUGGUUUCGCUGCCACUGUGUGCCGCUCUGUGGAUCUAGUUCAGAUUUACUUAAAAAGAUUUGGGUGAGUUGCUUGUGCCCUCCAUGUGUCAUGAGAGUUUGACAUGAAUAUUUGCUAAAAGGCAAACACUGAUCCAGAAUUUACUUUAAUGUUGAUAUUAUAUCCAGUGACAAAAAAAAAAUAUCCUGCUCUGUUUUUCGCUAAUUUAUCAAUUUUUGAAACUGUUAUGCAAUAUGAUGCAUCUUAUUUGGUAAUCAAGAUCAGCUCAGGAAGAAACAGAAAGGACUCUUCCCUCUUCUAAAAUCACAAAGUUCAUCCUAGAAAAGAGAUCACAUCAGUCUAGUCAGUUCCCGAUGUUUCAUUUUUUUUAUUGUCAUGAGACAGAAUCAUUUUUACUGUAUUUUAAUGGUUACAGGUUAAGUGACAAACUGUAAACAGAAACUAAUGUUCAUGCAUAAAAAUCAUUCAUAAAGAUGAAAUCAGUGACUGUAAAACAAGAAAAAAGAAAAAAUUCAUCAUCACUCGAUCAUGUUGUUCAGGCGGAUCUUUGACUGCAGAUGGGUGUUUUUGGUUUGCACAUCACUUUCUUUUUUCUUUUUCUUUUUUUUUUUUUGCAGAAGAACUGAGAACAGUUUUUAAAAGUUGUAUGAAACACAUCCCUGUUUUAAAAUGAAAACCUUGUCUUGUCAUUUCUGAAAGUGAGACACUGUACAGCUGAGGAAAAAUAAAAUCUUCCUUAUGGGCCCAUGAUCACUGUGUGAAUCUCUUCUUUCCAUCAACUAUGCUGAUGAUUGGGGUCAUGUUCUGGUCUGUGGUGAGGUCUCCUUGACAUUUACGAUGUUACGCAAUCUCUACCUGCUGAAGCU